ACACACGUUAACUUAAUCGCGCGUUUCUAUUUUUUCUAAUUUUCUAUCGCACAUAUAUAAUAAAUGUUCACAGUUUGACAUUCUUUAAUAAGUUAGAGUAAAGGUACCUGGUGCACAGUAAUUAUUUAGAAGUUGUUACAUACCGGUUGUUGAAUAUGGGACGACUUCAUAAAAUAAUUAUAUCUUUUACGAUAAUUUUAUUAGGAAUAUUUUAUAAAGAUGUCGAGAAGAAAUUUGAGACAUAUUUUAGUAAUUAUUUACAAAGUACAAAAGAUUUGACUAACGAAAAAAGCAAAGAUAUUUACACUUUAGAAGAAUUAGCUCAAUAUAACGGAGCUAUCAAAUCACAACUGUAUUUAGCUAUAAUUGGCACAAUAUUUGAUGUUAGUAAAGGCUCAAAACAUUAUGGAGAAGGUUCACCAUACAAUUAUUUUGUUGGAAAAGAUGCUUCAAGAGCUUUUAUUACAGGUAAUUUUAAGGAUAACAGUGUUAAUAAAGAUCACAUUUUAGACUUAACAUGUGAUGAAUUAAUAACACUCCUUAAUUGGAAAACGACAUUGAAAGAAAAAUAUAGACAUGUUGGUAUUGUUAUUGGAAGAUACUUUGACCAAAAUGGGAAAGAAACGGAUUAUAUGAAUCAAUUUUAUGAGAGAGUAGAUCACUGUAAAUAUCAGAAGCAAUUGGCUAAGGAAGAGGAACGCAAAUAUCCUCCAUGUAAUAUAUCUUGGAGUGAAGAGGAGGGCACUACGGUGUGGUGCACUAGAUCAAGUGGUGGAAUAAAUCGCAGUUGGACAGGAGUACCUCGGCAGCUUUAUACCCCAGGAGAAGACAAACCACGCUGUGUGUGCGUUAACAUGACAAACAAUAAUCAAGUGGCAUUAUUUAAAGAAUAUGAUAAUUGUUCUAGUACAUCUACACUGUGUCAUAUCAGAAAUUAAUAUCUAUUUGUGUUUGUAUAAAAUGUAUUAAAUUGGUCUCUUACACUCAUGAAUACGUACACUUACAGUUAUGAAUUAAUUUUAUAUUUUUAUAGGUAUUUACAAAAAAUCUGCAUUUUUAUCAAUACUAAUUUAACAUAAGUACUGUAAAAUAAUGAUAUUAUUACAAAUAAAUUUUAUAUUUGGAUCUCAUAUAAAUAUUUUAUUUUCGGAUUAUAUAAAAUACUUGUCUAGAUUUGCCUACAAAGAAAAUAAUAAAAUUUCUAAAUAAUUCUUGACAACAAUUCUAUUAUAGUCAUGAUCAUAUCAAUGGUAUUUUAAAAGACUGCUUUUGCCACUACAACAUAUUCAAGUAUGCUUGCCUAAUCUAUUUUGGAUUCCUAAUACAUAUUUUCUAAUAUAUUUUAUUUAUUUUCUAAUAUAUUUUAUUUACACCUUAACUUUUAUCAUUAAUUUAGAAUGAUGGUUCCAGAAAUAGAUGUUUAGUUAUAAUAAUUCCUUAUAGGUGUGUAAUUUUAUAUUAUGUUAGUUUUGUGAGUAAUAGACAGUUUUUCAGUAAAAUGAAAUUAUUCACUGAUUAUAAUUUAUUUGAUUUAACAUAAAGAAGUUUCAUAAAUUCACACCAAUAAUACCACAGGUACAAAAGUCUAUGCUGCUUCUUUAUCAUUGCUCAAUAUUUUCGUAUCACUUUGUACAGUUUCAUCUAGCUCUAGACACUCUAUUGUCUUAAGAAAAACUUGCAUAGGUAUUUUCUUCCUAUUUAGAAAUGAUUUAUUGCCAAGGAGUUUCUUAAUUUUAGCCCUUCGUUUCUUUAUUUUAUCUUUUGUGUAUUGAUUACCUAAUUGGAAUGUAAGUAGUCUUUUAACUUUUCUGCCUCCUAUUAAAGUCUCUGUGGAAUUGUUUUCAGUCUUAGGCUCUUCAUAAAUGGUCUCCAAGGUUUGUGAUAAAGCUUUUACUUUCCUGUUUAAAUAAAGAGCUUCAAUUUGCUUGGGAUUUGCAUUUUCAGUCAUAUGUUUGCGUGGUUUCAUGCUAACUCUACGAUUAUUAGAUUUAUUAAUUUCGGGCAUAAGCGACUUCCUUUUUCUUAAGACUCUUGAUGUAGCAUCAGCCUUAUUGGGAGAGUUUUCAUUGUUUGGAAUAUCCAUCUCCAUUAUAUCUAAAUGAGCCAUCUUAUUUGGCAAUUCAGCAUCCACUCUGUAAUGAAUAAUAAAUGUAGAAAAAAUGGUCAAAAUAUAUUGCCGAUACAUUAAACUUUCACCUAUUUAAUCUACUAGCAUUCGAGUUUUACUAACCUAGAUGAUUCCAUUUUUGUUUUAUAAAUUGAUAUAAAUUUAAUGUUUUAUAAAUUUAAACUUUUACCAUCUUAUCUAAAAGUAUCCUUUUCUUUUAAUAUGUAGCCGUUGUUAUUUCAAUUUACUCGACAAACUCGACUUUUGAAUCGCAGGUGAAACUUUGACAAUGACAUAACAACAGAUGACGAAAUGACAGUAAAACAUGCAAAUAAGAAUGACCACGUGAUGGCAUUGGUGUUGUAUGUAGCUGCUUCCUAGGGAUACUAAAAACUCUUUUCGAUACCAAGUAUUAGAAACUGUUAUUUUAUUAGUUUAUGUAAACAAGCGAAAUUAGGAAAAAAUAACCAAUAUUAUAAGAAAAAUGUCCACGACAAGACUACUAAACCUUUGAGAUGAAAUGGGGAGCAUGACUAAGUGAGUAUUGGCUAUUUGACAAUUAUAACAAUAAAUUAUGAGAUAUAUUAGAAAUGUUAAGAUAUUAUAAUGCUUAUACCUAUGUUAAUCCUACCCUACUACCUAUGCUUUACUUUUUAUUUUUAAAUUGAUUGUAAACAUACAUAGUAAUGCAAAAUAAUUUACAGUAUAUAAUCUGUGGAUUAGAAAAACCGAAACGCUAUGGCCUUGACGGAGCCGUCGUAUGACGUCACAUUUAAAUAAUUAUUUUGGUUUAUAAUACGAAAUUCGGCAUGCUUUUCUCGAAUCAAAAGUUUCUAAAUCGUAUACUGUGCUUAUGUUCGUAGCCAACUGCAAAUUCGUCCCAAAUCUGGAUUUAUAGAUAUACCACUUAUAUUGACAGAAGUGAAGGUAUUCAAAAGAAAUUUAUCAAGUUUCUGUGCUUUAAGAUGAAUAGGCCAUAUGAUUCAUC